GGGUCACGAUAUUUAUUUGUCGAAGCAGGGUAAACAAUUCUUGUGCACGUGCCGCUUUUGUUUUAGUUUUGAAUUAAAAUACGUAUCAUUAGAUGUCUGGUCGACAGGAGUUACUUAGUGAACAGGGUCUGCGACUUGACGGUCGUCGCCCACAUGAACUACGACAUAUUAAGUGCAAAUUAGGAGUUUUUGAGCAGCCCGAUGGCAGCGCCUAUAUGGAGCAGGGCAACACAAAGGUUCUUGCUGCCGUCUAUGGUCCACAUCAGGCGAAAGCAAAAAAGACCGAAGGAAAUGAACUCAUCAUCAACUGUCAAUAUAGUCAGGCUACUUUCUCUACCUCGGAGCGCAAGAAUCGUCCACGCGGUGAUCGGAAAUCACAGGAGUUCAAAAUGUAUUUGCAGCAAGCGUUAAGCGCCGCAAUUAAAUCCGAACUGUAUCCACGAUCCCAAAUCGAUAUUUAUGUUGAGGUGUUGCAAGCAGAUGGUGCCAACUACGCUGUCUCUCUGAAUGCAGCCACAUUGGCCUUGAUCGACGCGGGCAUUUGUCUAAACGAGUUCGUUGUUGCAUGUACAGCAUCAUUGAGCAAGUCCAACAUUCCGCUAACAGACAUUUCCCAUGUCGAGGAGGUUUCCGGUGGUCCGAAGUUAACAAUAGCUGCUCUGCCCAGCGCCGAGAAGAUUGCUUUCAUGGAGAUGAGCGAACGGUUUCACAUUGACCAGCUGGAGACGGUUAUAGAGACAGCCAUGGCAGGUUGUCGGGAAAUCAGAGACAUCCUGGAAGCGGCAGUCAAGGAGCAUCUCAUACAUAUAGGCAGUGCUGCCGACUGGGCGCGUGUGUGUUAAAAAUAAAUUAAAUAAAACCAAUAAAUCGUCUAACAAUUUAAUUAA